AUGACUACACCUAGCCUUCCUACCGACGUCGACCUGCCUCGACUAUUCCAACCCUCUGAGACACCAAAGGAGUCAAAUUCGCGCGCCACACAUCAGACGCACCGAAAGGAUGGCUCCAAAGCAAAGCAGGCGAAGAACUUGAAGCACAAGCAAGCGAACAAGGAGAGGAGAGCAGCCGCCCAAGCACAGCAAGACUUGCUCUCGCCCACAGGCUCACGUAUCGACACAUCGGCUCAGCAACCUGACAAUCAGGACCCAUAUCAAGCCAGCGAGCACGACGACAGCAGCGCCACUUCCAAGGGUGCUACGACACGCUCCGUGCCUCUACUCGACUUCACCUCGUAUACCAAGUCGGAGCCAUUCGUCUUCAAGUCGACGAUGCCUGGCACUUAUCCAGAACCCAUCCCCGCCAAGCGCCUCAAGACCGCUCCUGACAACAAGCACGACGAAGGUGCUUUCGACGAUAACGCCAAGAGCGAACAUCUCCAACACCAAGCAGAGGACUCCUUCUUGAUGAGCUUGAGGGAAAAGUUGAUCAACGCCCGCGACUCGGUCUCUGCCACUGUCAGCGCCGCAUUAGACAAUCCUGCUGGCUUGUCUCGGCAGUUCGUGAAGCAGUGUUUCGCACUCGUUGCCGGUCUUCUCAAGGACCCUGCGCCCGAGGCAGUCGCUAGUGAGGAGGACGUGGCUGAGAAGGUGGAUGCAAUUCGUCGACCUACCAACAAGCGCACGGUGGACGGUACUGUGAAGUCGAAGCCGCGACACCCAACGCUCCACAAGACGCAGAUCCAGCCUCAGCAGAGACAAUCUCCGACAUCAAACUCGGUCUAUCAGCCGGACCCUCCACGUCAUGGCUCGUCUCGACUGCCGGAGACGCCGUCACAGAAGCCUCCGAAGACCCCAGUGCAACGAGUCGAGGUCAUCAGCUCUGGUGAGCCCGUCGCCAGCACUGAAGUCCGCGUACAGUCACCUGCUCCAGGCGAAGUUGAGAAGGGUAAGGAGGCGGCCAUGGAUCCGACUCCUAUGCCAGCCUCAGAACCCGGAGAGGUCUCACCACCUGUCCAACCACCACAAGCACCUUCCACGCUUGGCUCUAAUCCUGUCGAUGAAGCCUCAACAAAGGCUGCAUCUCCCCCACUCGACUAUUUCACAGGACGUCCCAUCGAUUACGAGAUGCUGGCCUUGCCAAAGAUCACCUGUAUCUAUCCAAGAGUUUUCAAAGAUGAGACGACUUACCUCAUGUUCAUGUCGUGCAUGAGGGGGAGCACGAUCAGCGCUCAUAGCAAGCUGGCUAUUUACCUCUUCCUUUUCCACGGUGGGCGCUCGAAAGUGUACAUCAGCGAGGCCAGCUUGCUCGAGGCAAUUGUUAUGAUGAACGGCUGGGUCCUCGCGUUCUUCGAGCCUGCGGUUCAUCGUGAAGUUGUCAGUUGGGUGCAGACGGAGGGUGCUCGAUACGUCAACUUUAUGCGCAUUGCGCUCGAGACGUCUCUCGUCCAGAUGGAGGCUCAUCACCUCUAUCACGUUCUCUUCAGUGGCCAGCCAUACGUCCUCAACCUCACCGAUACCACCAUCGACCGCGCCCGCCAGAUUGGCAACGACACCCAGCUGCGAGACCGAUUCCCGGGGAUCGUCCAUCUCUUCAAACAACAUAUUCCCCUCUCUCACCUCGAGAUGAUGAUGGAGUAUGAUUACACGGUCAUGCCUGAGCCAGUGGACACUAAGAUGGGGGGCGUUGAGGAGGUGAAGGUUGCGCCAAACGUCAACCAAGCCUCCAAUGUAGGGCCACCUUCAAACACCAACGUCACCAACAACGUCCCCUCAACGAACGCACCGGCUCAGAAGAACGCCGCGCCCGCUCCAACCAGCGCUCCCAAGCUGCCUCCCUUCUCGGGGCUAAUUAUCCCUUCUCAAAACAACGCAUCAUCUCAGCUCAACACCAUAUCCACUGCGAACGGUGUUUCCAACCCCUCCACCACCUCCCGACAGCUCGCGCUCUCUCAGGCGAACGCGCCGUCUCAGCUCGCCGCCGCGUUCACUGCAAGCACUGCGCGCAACCCCAUCUCCCUUCCGACGCCCAAUCCAAGCGCCAACGCUCACCCAGGCUCGUCUCAACAGUCCGCUCCCAAGCCAGGCCCAACCUUCGGUGUGGCCGUGAACCAGCGGAACAAGCUGAACCCACGAGCUCCGCGGUGA